CCAGUCCUGCUGCUCUGGGCUGGGAUUAUUGCCUGGGCUAGGGGAGCCUCUCCGGAAAAGAGGGGGAGGGGGGCUGGCUGGGGUGGGGUGGUGGUGGGGUCUCCUGCCAUGGACGCUGCGCCUGGGGGGGCAGUCUGAGCCCCAGUCCACAUGCCACUCAGGAUGAGGGCCCACCCCUGUCUGCCCAUCCUGGGGCACUCCCAGAUGGCCCCAGUCUGACUCCCUGAGCCCCUUGCCCAUCAGGCAUCCAGGCCCCACACCCUCACCCAGUUCCCUGGACUUCCAGGAUGUGCUGAGCAGUGGGGAGGCUGAGGCCACGCCAACUACAUGCAUGUCCCCCGGGGGCAAGUUCGACUUUGAUGAUGGCGGCUGCUAUGUGGGGGGCUGGGAGGCUGGACGAGCACAUGGCUACGGCGUGUGCACAGGGCCCGGGGCCCAGGGAGAGUACAGUGGAUGCUGGGCUCAUGGCUUCGAGUCCCUGGGUGUCUUUACUGGGCCUGGUGGGCACAGCUACCAAGGCCACUGGCAACAGGGAAAGCGCGACGGGCUGGGCGUGGAGCAGAAGAGCCGCUGGACCUAUCGUGGCGAGUGGAUGGGUGGGCUGAAAGGACCCACUGGUGUCUGGGAAAGUGCCUCAGGACUACGCUAUGCUGGGCUCUGGAAGGACGGUUUCCAGGAUGGCUAUGGCACUGAGACCUACUCGGAUGGAGGCACCUACCAGGGCCAGUGGCAAGCUGGCAAACGUCAUGGCUAUGGGGUUCGCCAGAGUGUACCCUUCCAGCAAGCGGCACUGCUGCGGUCACCCCGUCGCACCUCGCUGGACUCGGGCCACAGUGACCCCCCAACACCACCCAUACCCCUUCCCCUCCCUGGUGAUGAGGGGGGUAGCCCAGCCUCUGGCUCCAGGGGGGGAUUUGUACUGGCAGGCCCAGGUGACCCAGAUGGGGCCUCCUCCCGAAAACGGACUCCAGUAGCCGGGGGCUUCUUCCGUCGCUCCCUGUUGUUAAGUGGGCUCCGGGCAGGUGGGCGCCGGAGCUCAUUGGGCAGCAAGCGGGGAUCUUUGAGGAGCGAGGUGAGCAGCGAGGUGGGCAGCACGGGGCCUCCAGGCUCUGAGGCCAGUGAACCUCCAGCCCCUGUCCCUCCCGCACUUAUUGAAGGCUCUGCCACUGAAGUGUACGCAGGAGAGUGGAGGGCUGACCGGCGCAGCGGCUAUGGAGUGAGCCAGCGUUCCAAUGGGCUGCGCUAUGAGGGCGAGUGGCUUGGCAACCGGAGGCACGGUUACGGCCGUACCACCCGCCCUGAUGGCUCUCGAGAAGAGGGCAAGUAUAAACGCAACCGCUUGGUUCGAGGCGGACGGGUCCGUAGCCUCCUACCCCUGGCCCUAAGGAGGGGUAAGGUCAAGGAAAAGGUGGACCGUGCAGUAGAAGGUGCCCGUCGGGCAGUGAGUGUAGCCCGCCAGCGCCAGGAGAUUGCUGCUGCCAGGGCAGCAGAUGCUCUCUUGAAGGCAGUAGCAGCAAGCAACACAGCAGAGAAAGCUGUGGAAGCGGCUCGAAUGGCCAAACUGAUGGCCCAGGACCUGCAACCUGUGUUGGAUCCACCAGGCCGAAGACCCAGGCAGGACUCUGAAGGCACUGACACAGAGCUGCCGGACUGUGACAGCGCUGGGGUUUAUGAGAAUGGACUGACCCCUUCUGAGGGCACUCCGGAGCCUCCCAGCAGUCCUGCCUCCCCCUGCCAGCCCUGGAGACACCCUACCCACCGCAGUCCUUUGCCCUCUAGGGAUGAUGGAGGCCACCUCUCUUGCCCCAAAUCUUGGCCAGAGGAGUGGGGAGGCCCAGGUGGACCUGGAGAGGAGCUAGCUGGCUAUGAGGCUGAGGAUGAGGCUGGGGUGCAGGGGCCAGGGGUUGGUGAUGGCUCCCCCCUCCUCGGGGGCUCCAGUGACAGCUCAGGAAGCCUUCGAGAAGAAGAGGGAGAGGAUGAGGAAUCCUUGCCCCACUCAGAGCCUCCCCUAGACCCAGGGCUUGAGCCCACAGUCACCCCCAUACUGAGGGGUGGCACAUCUGGAAGGGCUCUGGAAGCUGAGAACCUGACAGAGGCACUAGAGGAGCCUGGUGCCACUGAGGAACCUGCCCAGCGGGGAGCUGCUAACCCCUUGGUGGUAGGAGCUGUGGCAUUGCUGGACCUGAGCCUGGCCUUCCUGUUCUCCCAGCUCCUCACCUGAGGUCUCUCCCUAGUCUAUGGCUCUGGUUCCCACCUCCUCUUCCCUUUGGACUUGCCUUUUUUCUGUCUCUCCCAUCUUCUAGCUUCCUUUCUCUACCUUUCUCUUUUGUCCUUUCCUUUUCUGUUCCCAUUUAUUACUUUCUGCUCCCUCUUCUUUCUCUUCUUUCUCUCUCUUCUCCCUUCUUCCAACUUUAUGUCCCCUCUUUUUUUCUCUCUUUCACUAGAUUGUUUACAUAUGAAGGGCUCUUCUCUCUCAGAGUUACUCUCUGAGACAUACAAAUCUAAGUCAGACCAUCACCACCCACACCCUCCUAGCUUUCCUAGGGAUCAAAACUUCUAUAGGGAAGAGAUGGGAUAGUAUUGAGGGUAAAGGAGGGCACAAUGUUGAGCUACACGAGACCUCUCCCACCAGCAAGUUGGAGAGGGGACCUGGAGACGGGGUGACUGACUGCAGGAGUGGGGCACCAGCAAUGCUGCUAUGAAGUCACCUCCCCCCUGCCAUGUUUCUGCCUCUCCAUCCCAGACUUCCUGCUUAGAGAUUUUUAGUAUUCCUCCAAUCCCUGAAGGGGUUAACCAAUCCUUACAUACCCCAAGGAAAUUAUGUUCCUUUGGGGACCAGCAGGACAAAUGAAUAGAGAUGGAGUGUACUGGGGGCAUCUCUUACCCUGUAGCAAGUUAUCCAAUUUCUAGGCACUGAACUUGGUUCCUGCCUAACUUAGUUCUCUCCUUAGGUAGAGAUCUGAAGGGGAGUACAGGGUGCCUCUAGUUCUUCCCCACUCCAGCCCCAGGGGUGGUGGACAGUGAGCAGAACAAAAAACACCUGGAAAUCCAUAGCCCUCCUCCCAAACCUUCACAUACCCGCUUUCUUUCCACCCCCUCCCCCCAUUCCCCACCACCAUCCACACAUGGUCUGGACUUGUUUGUGGCCUUGAUAAUGUUCUAGAGGGGCCGAGGGAGGCAUUCCUACUGUAUGGGGUUAGGGGAACCUCUGCCAGUGCUCCAUUACCAAUGGGAGUGGGGAAGAAAGUGGGAUGGGAAGGGGUCCUGGGAGAUGGAACUUGAUAUAAAAUGCAGGGCUCAAAAGACAGCAAAAUCAAGCCACUCCCAGGAAUCCCAAUUGAAGUCUGAGGACAGGGUUAGGUGUCAAAAGAGAGGGACAGGAACUAGACCUGUGUUUUCACUGGUUUAGAGAACUCACAGAUGAGGAAACUCGCUCUACCAAUGCACCUUCUCUGUAACUUAUGGUCUUGGAGAGUUGCCUAGAACAGUAGUUCAGGGUCACACUUGCUUUCUACUACAUCAGGUUUCCUCUCUGAGGAUCAAAAUGGCAGUCUAUCUCUUUGGGGUCAAAAUCCCCUGAAAGGGAAGAGGAACCCUCAUGCACAUGGAGCAGGGUGAAAGGUAGAAGUCAAAAGUCCCUGAGAAAGAGGGGUAGGAAACACCUGGUUUGAAGUUGAGCAGUUACUAUUAUUGGCUGUUCCCCAGAUGACAGGCAACCUUAGGAAGGGGGUUGAUGUGAGGUCCCCAGGAUCUGUCUCCUUCAUUGCUGAAGGCCUCUCCCUUCCCCUGCAUGAGGCAGAGAGGCGAGCUGCCCAUUAUCCCCCUUCCCCAAAGAAUGUCCAUGCCUGGGAAUGCCCCCCACCCCCUCUUCUUUUUUUUUCUUUUUUUUUUCUAGCCAGGCUAUUUUCUACCUGCCCACUUCCUUCUCCUCUAAGACUUUACUUCAAAUUUCUACUUCAUGGAUUUGGGAUUGAAGUCAAACAUCUCGGCUCACACCAAGUCUUGCAGGAAAAAUAAAUAAAUUUAACAAAAAAUAUAUUAAUAAAAAAGUUUUUAAAAAGG